AUGACCGGAGGACAUAAGGAGAUGCUGGUGAUAAUGACUGAGGAGCAGUGUUGGCGGGGUGUAGGCUACUGUUCCUUAUCUGCAGUACUGGAUCAGUCAAACUAUAAGUGAGUCCCAGUGCCUUAGACUAAACAUGGGAUAUUGUCCUGCAGGAAUGCCAAAAAACAUGUAGAGACGGAAACUGACUCUCUCCCCUCUUGAGCCUUAUGGCCCAGAAACUAACAAGGCUCUAGUUGGUCUUGAGGUUCCCUCUCAUUUCUGGUUUUCUUGGGUUGUGAAGACAAAAGAUUCACUUCUGUAAUUUCUGUCCUGCUCAACCAGCAUUUCCUUGUCAGUCACAUGAUUAGUCUACAUAAGUUUGUCAAAUGGGCAUGAGUAAGGAGAUGGGAGUGAUGUGAAAAGGAGAGAGUAUUGAGUAGGCCUAUCUCUAGAUCCAAUCCAAACACACUAUACUCCUGUCUGCAGCUUUCAAAAGGGGAGUGGUUAGGCUAUUUGUUCAGCGUUGUUAGUAAUAAUUUUGCUCAGCCUGGGCUAUGCCCAUAUCUGGCUGGAUUUUCUUUGGUAAUACUGUACAUUUCUCAAAUUCCAGUCAAGGUGUUUAUUUAUUUCACCUUUAUUUAGGUGUGGUUACGUAUAGGCGACAGUAUUUACAUGGAGCUGUUUGAGUCCAGAUGGCUUUGGCUUUGCUGGAUGACCAGGUGGUGGCUCAGUAUCCGUCCAUCCAUUCCCAACAGCUGCUGCUUUCAGCUUGAGCAAGCACAACACUGAGACCACUCACCCUAGUGUAGGCCUAUCUGUGCGGGUGCGUUCCCCUCCCCCCUCUUCUCUGGCACUGCUAUGUCUCAGAGAGUGAGAGAGCAGUGUGAAAAUGUGUAAAACAUAGCAGUUUUUCACUGUCAAAUCUCGAAGUCUGCUCCAAUAAAGAAUGGAUUGUUUAUUGGAGUAGUUCAUGGCUGUGCUUUGGAGAUCUGAGGUCCUUUGUUUGAACAAUAUCAACAGUGUUUUAGAAGAAAAUGAAGAAUGGUGCUGCUCCCUAUUGGGUGCAUAGGUCAGCCACUGGGCAUUGAAGUCAGAUUUAUUUUUUAAGUUUAUAGCCUGAGUCUUGUGAUUAUUUGUACGUGUUUUAAAACGUAUUUCUUCUCACUCUUUUUCUUUCAGAGCACAAGGUUAUUAUUGUGGGCCUGGACAAUGCGGGGAAGACCACCAUACUUUACCAGUUGUAAGUAUUUUGCCUACGGUUAGUAGAUACAGAUAGGUCUAUAGAAGGGGAAAACCGUGGUACAACAACAACAGUAGACACAUUUCCUCUCACAACUAGGGGGGAUUUCAUCAUGUUUAUUUUUCUGCUAAAUGAGAAAUAGUGACCUUAGCUUAAAUACCUUUUGGCUAACCCACUUAUGGAAGAAUGUGAUACAAUAGGGAAUAGAUUUACAAAAUUACCUGUUGACAACCUCAAUGUUCUCAUGCCUACCAACAUUCUCACUGACUUGAUUGUUGUUUUGCAUUGAAAUUGAUAACCUCCUUUUGUGCUUGUGUUUGCAGUUCUAUGAACGAGGUGGUCCACACAUCUCCUACAAUAGGCAGCAACGUGGAGGAGAUAGUGGUGAACAACACGCACUUCCUGAUGUGGGACAUCGGAGGACAGGAGUCACUGAGAUCCUCCUGGAACACGUACUACACUAACACAGAGGUCAGACCACGUACUGUGGAUGGAUGGCAGUUGUUUUUUGAACUGUUAGCUUGUGUGUGUCUUGAAUUAAAUUAGGCAGUCUGGUAACAUGUAACAAAAACUGCUCAACAAUAUUGCUAUGUAAUUACAUUGUUAUUACCUAGAUAUAAGAGCAACUUAAUGUAAACUGUUACGACUGUCUUUUUAAUGUCCUUUCUUAUGUCUCUCCCAAUCUUUCUCUCCAGUUUGUGAUCGUAGUGGUGGACAGCACAGACAGAGAGAGAAUCUCUGUCACCAAAGAGGAGCUCUACAGAAUGCUUGCACAUGAAGUGAGUUUUGGUGUUCUUGGCCAUGUUUUAUAGUGCACACUGCACACAAUAUUUGUGUCAACGUAGAAUGAGUUCAAUAUAACAAAAUAUUUUUAUAACUAAGAUAGACCACAGCCUGUUGUUUCCAGUGGGAACAAAUUAGUAAUAGUGGGCAGAACAAGCAAGGAAGUGGGCAGAGCCAAGCACGAGCUAGCGAGAUCCUAUUGGCGUGUUCUAGCAAACAUUUGCAUAUUUCCGUUCCGGAACGCCUACUCUGUGAAGUGCGCGUGUGCAAUAACUCAAUUUGCCUUUGCACUCCUUAUAAACACACCAUUUUUUUAAAACUUUGGCAAAAGGUAAAGUCUACAAAACUUUGUCCAUUCUGUUUGAAAAAUAUUCUAGUUUUGGGAACAGAAAACUGUAUUGAGAUUAAAUGGUUUAUUAAUGAGAAAAUUUGCAGAAUGUCGGCCAAAAUCCAUCUUGUUCCAUCUUCUCCCGCUGCCGGCCACUGGGCUUCCUCUCACUACCAUAUUUGGUAGUGAAUGGAAACGCCAAGCGGAUGCUUGACAUUUAUACGUCCAGUGAAAUAUCUGUCUCAUUGUUCUAUCUGUGAUAUAACCCUCAGCCUAGCAGACAUGGCAGCAGCCUAUGUUCUAUGAUGGUCAAUGAGCAUAUGGCCACCUCUCAAUUUCUUUCUCCUCAUCCUCCUCCCUCCUUGUAUUUACUCUUUAAUUGAAAAUACAUGAGUUCUUCUCACUUUCCUUCUCCUCCCUCCCAGUAAUCAUGCCUUAGAACUCAAACUCAAAUCACAUUUUACUGGUCGCAUAUACAUAUUUAGCAGAUGCUAUUGCGGGUGUAGCGAAAUGCUUGUAACAAAGUUGCUUAGGAGCUGGAGACAGAGCGGCCAUGUCUAUCGGCGCCAUCUUGUCAUCCACCCUCCUCUCUCGUCAGGACCUGAAAAAGGCGGGCCUGCUGAUUUUUGCUAACAAACAGGAUGUGAAGGGCUGUAUGUCUGUGGCUGAGAUCUCCCAGAGCCUGCAGCUCACCUCAGUCAAAGACCACCAGUGGCACAUCCAGGCCUGCUGCGCCCUCACCGGGGAGGGGUAAGAGAAUGGAGGCCUUUUUAUUUCUUUUAAUUUAACCAUUAUUUAUGCUGGUUAUUCUCGUUGAGAUGAAAGCUCUUUUGCAAGAGACCUGGUCCAACAUUCAUACAGUAGGGCAGUGUUGCUCAUCUUUUUUUAGUGCCAGGGACCGGCAAGCUAUGGUCUUUCCUCCUUGGAGGGUCGCUUACAUUAAAACUAGCAUUUGUCUUAUUCCCACUUAUAUGCUGAAAAUGACAUUCUCUCUCUCUUGCCAUCCUGUCUCCCUACCUCCAGGUUGUGCCAGGGCCUGGAGUGGAUGAUGUCACGACUGCGGGUCAGAUGACCUUUGACCUUGAUCAACAACAACAGCGUGCUGUUCCUCUCUUCUCUCCACACCUUCAGUCCUGAGGGAUGUGGUGGGUGGUUGACAGGCGACCCUUUUCCUCUCCAUGAGACUCUGACUUAACCUGGUCGGCCAGACAACCUUCCUACCAGGAUGUUGUUUUUCUGCUGCGUGUUUAUUUAUUUCUACAGAACACUGAUCUGCUCUGACUGAGAACUGUGAACAACCAGAACUUUACCACUCUACCAUUUCAGGAUCCAUUCUGGAAAGAAAAACUAAACAAAAGACUCAUAUGAAAUCCAGUGUAUUUAAUUUCUGAAUCUGCACGCUUGGUUUUCAUGCUAUAAGAAAUAGGGAAUACAUGGGACAGCUCAGACUUAAGAGGAGUCGUCUUUAGUUGUGUGUGAGUGGGCCUGCCUGCCCAGAGUGGCCUUGUUGCAGUAUUGUCGGACUGCCUGAGGUGGUGGUAUUGCCCUGUGUGUACAGUCCAGUAUUUACAUUACAUCUGCAUCCCAAAUGGAAUAUAUAUAUGGAUAUAGGGUGUCAUUUGGAAUGCACAUUACAUUACCUUGUGCCUGCUGCGUCCGAAUCCUCACAUGAUGGCGGCUGAAGACACUGAAUCAAAGAACACAAGAGGGAGAAACCCAACUCUCUUAGCUCAUAUGAAAUACAGUGAAUAAAAUGUGUGUUUUUAAGUUUUGGGUGAUUACAUAUGUCAUAAAUGUGUUUUCAUUUU